CGCCAUUCGCCAAUCGGUGUAGCUAUGCUGCUAGCUGAUCGAUCAGUUAUGGCGAUCCAGCAACCACGAGCUCUCAAUUAUGAAGGCAGCCGUAAUCACACGCAGCGAGAGAGAGAAGGCGCAACGAGAGUAAUGGAGGUGUUUUUAGUUUGGAGGGCACUUGUAUGGCUGGCGCUGAUCACUCCAGCAGCGGCGCUGGCGCAGCAGGAGGAGGCGCCGGGAUGCCGGCGGCGGUGCGGCAACGUGACCGUCCCCUACCCCUUCGGCAUCGGCUCCGAGCGCUGCUACCGCGGCGGCGUGCGGGGGUUUCGCCUCGACUGCGACGACGCCCGACGCCCGCCGCGCCUCACAGUUGCCGGCUACGGCCACGAGGUGACCUCCAUCUCCCUCGCCGCCGCCGAGGUCACCGUGCUGCUCAACGCCAGCCGCGCGUGCUACGGCGGCGGCGACUACGGGCGCGGCCGCCGGGGGCGGGAGGAGCAGCCCAUGUCCCUCAACGGCAGCGCGUUCCUCUUCUCGUCCAUGAAGAGCAAGUUCGUCGCCAUCGGCUGCCCCGGCCUCGCCUACUUCGUCGACGACGGCGGGGACUACGUCACCGGCUGCAUGUCCGUGUGCCGGCCGUCGGCGCGGGCGCUGCCGGGCUCGUGCCGGGGCGACGACGGCUGCUGCCAGAGCAACAUCCCGCUCGGGCUCGCCUCCUACCGGCCGCGCCUCCGCAGCUUCGGCCGCCGCCAGGGCGGCGCCUUCCUUGCCAACGCCACCGCCUGCGCCUACGCUUUCAUGGUGGACGCAUGGUGGUUCUGGUACGCCGGCUCAAACUUCAACCGGACGGGCGACUUCGCCGUGCCCGUCGUGCUGGACUGGGCCAUCCGGCCGGACGCCGGGAGCGGGAGCGGGAGCGGGAGCUGCGCCGCCGCAAGCCGCACGCCGCUGCCGUCGUACGCCUGCCGGAGCGCGCACAGCGUCUGCAUCGACUCCAGCAACGGCCCUGGGUAUAUCUGCAACUGCACCGCCGGGUACCACGGCAACCCGUACGUCGUCGGCGACUGCACAGACAUCAACGAGUGCGAGCACAAAGAUGAGUACCCCUGCUACGGCGUCUGCACCAAUACGGCAGGCAGCUACGCUUGCUCUUGCCCCAAGGGAUCCAGUGGAAAUGCCAGCGUGGAGGGUGGCUGCCGCCGCGACGACAAGUUCACUCUAGCACUCAAGACGGUCACAGGCGUCAGCGCAGGAGUGUUGGUGGUGCUAGUGGCCUUGUUGUUGGCGUACGUGGGCAUGGAGAAGAGGAGGAUGCUGAGGGCGAAGCAGAGGUUCUUCGAGCAGAACGGCGGCCUCCUCCUGCAGCAGCAGCUGGGUUCCCUGGCCGCCUCCGGCGUGGCGUUCAAGAUCUUCUCCGAGGAGGAGGUCAGCAAGGCGACGGACGGCUUCGCCGAGGCGCGGGUCCUCGGCCGCGGAGGCCACGGCGUCGUCUACCGGGGCUCCCUCGCCGACGGCUCCACGGUGGCCGUGAAGCGGUCGAGGGUGGUGGAGGAGAAGCAGCUCAGGGAGUUCUCCAGGGAGAUGCUCAUCCUCUCGCAGAUCAACCACAGGAACGUCGUCAAGCUGCUCGGCUGCUGCCUCGAGGUCCAGGUCCCCAUGCUCGUGUACGAGUACGUCCCCAACGGCAGCCUCCACCGGUACAUCCACGGCGGCGGCGCCGGAGCCGGCGAGGGCCUGUCGCCGGCGGACCGUCUCCGCGUCGCGGCCGAGUCGGCGGACGCGCUGGCGUACAUGCACUCGUCGGCCUCGCCCCCGAUCCUCCACGGCGACGUCAAGUCCGCCAACAUCCUGCUCGACGCCGGGCUCACGGCCAAGGUGUCCGACUUCGGCGCGUCGAGGCUCGCGCCGGCGGCCGACGAGGCCGAGGUGGCGACGCUGGUGCAGGGGACUUGCGGGUACCUCGACCCGGAGUACCUGCUGACGUGCCAGCUCACCAGCAAGAGCGACGUGUACAGCUUCGCGGUGGUGCUCCUCGAGCUGCUCACGGGGAGGAAGGCCUUCUGCCCGCCGCCGGACAGCGCCGCCGGCUCGCAGGACGACGACGACGACGACGACGACCGGAGCCUCGCGUUCUUCUUCCUCACUGCGGCGCACAAGGGACGGCACCGGGAGAUCAUGGACGGGUGGGUCAGGGAGGAGGUCGGAGGCGAGGUGCUCGACAACGCCGCGGAGCUGGUGAUGCAGUGCCUGAGCAUGGCCGGAGAGGAGAGGCCGACCAUGAAGGAGGUCGCCGACAGGCUCGCCGGGAUGAGAAGCCGCGCAAGCGAUUCAUAAGGAAUGGCAGUACCCAGUCCAAAAAUAUAACAAGCUAUCUAUAUGAAUUUAAACAGACACUAAUUUAUAGAUUUAUAGUUAAAAAAUCGCAAAAUCUAAAUCGAGAUCCCUUCGUUUUA